UUAAAUACCUCUCUCACUUCUCACUCUUUCUGCCAAGAAAUCUCAGCUCAUCUGAGCAUUAACAUCUCUCUCUCUCUCUCUCUCUCUCUCACUCUGAUCCUUCUCUACCAAACCCAAACCUAAACCUAAACCCUCUUCUAUCUCUCUGACAACAAAACCAACCAACAAACAAAAACCCUAACUCUCUGUCUCUACAAACUCAUAAACCCUCUCUACUUCUGUCAGAGUACUCUGUACAUAUAUAGAAAAAUGGAACCCACACCAUCACCAGUACUAGCAAAGAAAUUAUGGAGUAUGGUUAGAAUAGUAAUCUUGAUGAUGAGAAAAGGGAUAUCAUCAAAAAAUAAAUUAAUGGUUGAUUUUCAUUUGAUGAUGAAACGUGGAAAGAUAGCAAGCAAAGCUAUAGGAAAUAUGAUGUUGCAUCAUCAUUAUCAUAAUCAUAUAUCAAAUCUCAGUUGUAAACCACAAGAUCCAAAUCUUGCUUUCAUAAACCCUAGUCGUAUCAGAGAUUAUGAGUUCAGUUGUAGUAAUAGUCCUGCUUUCCCAUCAUUCCAUGUCAGCAAGAAUCGGAAACACCAUAAUCAUUACAACAGUUAUUAUCGUCAUCAUAAUAGUAAAAACAGUUAUCACAACGGCGGCACCACUGUUAACGAUAUGACGACUGUCAGUGCGGUUAAGAAGGUUCUUGAAAUGUUGAACAAUGAAGGUUUAACCACGGAUCAGUCAGGUGCUUCACCUGUUGUACCAGGAUUUGGAGGAUAUGGAAGGAAUAGUCCGUUUGUUAGACAGUUGAGGAUAACGGAUUCACCAUUUCCGUUAAAGAAUAGUGAUGAGGAAGACUGCCACGUUGAUAAAGAAGCUGAAGAAUUUAUUAAGAACUUUUACAAUCAGUUGAGGUUGCAAAACUAAUUUGGUGUAUGGCUUUGUGACAUUGAAUCAUUUACAUGUGGGCUAAUGGUAUAGUAGAAGGAGUGAAGAAAAUGGCCCCGGUUUAAGAUUCAGAUUUGAAAGUUUGUCUGAUUUUUGUUUGUUUACUGUUUCUUUUGGUUUCGGGCAAUGAUUUGGACUUGUGGUUUUUGUAAUUUUUAGUUAAUAUAAGCAGUUUAGCCUACAGUUUUAAUGUAUAUUAGUUCUUGUUUAUUUUCUCCUUUUACUGCUCUAUAUAAGGAAUAAUAACCGUGCCCUUGCACACCAGCGUUCAUU